CUUCAAGACACAAGAAUGGAAUCACAUCUGUGACUGCAUCCAAGGGCUCACGGCUGGAACACUUCACCGUUGACACUGGAGAUGACGGUCCAGAAAAAACUCUUCCAUGUGUUCAGGCCCAAGAGCAACAUCAGGAGGAGAGACAGCAGGGCACAUUUAUUAGAGAGCAACGUCAGCAUACAAGCAGAUUAUGACCAGGAUGUUAACAGGAACCACCUGUUGGAUAACAACACCUUCAACACCAACACCGAACACAACCUGCAUAGUCAUCUGCAGGAGGAUGAGAUGCUUCAGGAGCUAGCUGGGCUUCUCAGGGUUCCCCUUACUGCUGCUUCCUGCUUCCCAGUGGAUGGCUGUAGUUCACAGACACCUGAGUCUAAUGUGGAACAGCACAGAAAAGCUUGUGUGAAUCACCUCAUACAAAUUUCAGCUGCCAAGCGACUCCCAGAGCCACCAGCAGACCCUGACCAGGACCUCCAGCAGCACCUGAGCCACCUGCAGGAGGCCGUGUGCAAUGAGCUCAUACGGCUGGCUCCCGCUUUGGAGGCCAAGGGCCUGAUGGGGCAAGUGGUACAGUGCUACCACUGUCAGAUAUUCAACCACCUGGACUGUCUGCUCCUGAAGGUCAACUCCUUCAAGAACUGCCUCACCUUGAUGGACUGGGUCCUGAAAACUUAUCUGAGUCAGGACAUGCUUGGUCACCCUGACCUUAGAGAAAUGGAUCCUAUAAAACACGUGGACAUCCUGCUGCUCUCAGAAUGGGGGGUGAAGGCCAAGAACAAGCUGCUUGAAAAAGCACAGGAAGAGAUGAGAGUUCAACUGGAGAACAUCCUGCAGCAUCACAGACAGCAAGACGUCUGUGACGGCAACACAGACGAAGCCUUUGUUCAAACCUAUGUGGACGCUAUUGGGUGCAUCGCUGCCAUGCCUCGGAACGCACAACGCAUCAGCUCUAAACUGUCGUACGAAGUCAAAGAGGUUGGUUUCCAAGAGCUGCACAUAUUUGUGGAGAGGUACAGAGAAGAGCAGACCAAAGUUCUCAAGAAGAUGGAGAAAACAGACAAACUGGAGAUGAUACAGUUUUUCAAGACUUUGAAGACGUGUCAGGAACUCAAGAAGCACAUCCAGACUGAAGGAGAAGAAAUCAGUAGCUCGCUUUGUAAGGAAAUCUUGGAAAUGCUUAAAAAAAUAGAAGAUUUGACUCUAGAACUUCUGAGGGGCGUUGUAACAAAGGUGGCGAAGAAGCACCUUCAGUGUUACUUCCAGUCAAACAAACAGCAAUUUGUGCUGUUGAUUGAUUCAGUGAGUAGGAUGUUUCCACGUCUGGAGAACUGUGACGAAGUACGACAGACAGUGACUCUAGAAGUCUGCAAGAUCCUCGUCCAUAGUUACAUCAAGUAUCUUCUAAAAACAAAGGUGAAGAAACUGCAGCGGUGCUGGAACCCUGAUGUCGGUGAAGCAGUGAGUAAAGAUGCUGGCUGGUUUCACGCCAUCAUGUCGGACCUGGCUCCCGGCGUGCAGGAGUGGAGCAAUAAGAUGAAGAAAAUCGAGGAGGUGCUGGACUGCAGCGACAUCAACGCUCUGAAACUGAUCGUUGCUGCAAUGCAGAAGGACAGUUUAAUAGCGAGUGAGGACCUGCACAGGCUGCUGCGAUGGAAGGGUCUUUCCAAACGGGACGUCAGGGAGGUGCUGGACGCCAUUUGUGACGACUACAACCCCGGAGCAUCAUCCAGAGCCUGGUGCUCAUGUCUGGGGAGCUGAAGAGGGUCCUUCUCAGAUGAUCUCUGAUCUCAGAGAUCCUGUAAGAAUCCUGUUACUGAUUAGUUCUCAGGACCCAAUGAAAGGUGUUUUUGAAUAAGCCUCAACACCUCCAGGUCCGACUGCAUUGCCUGAGUGAUGUCCUUCAGGUUGAGGAACAGAUAGCUUUUUUAUGUGCUGUAUUUUAAAAAUCUGCUCAACUGCUGUUGCAGUACUGAUUUGUUUUUGGUGAUUGGUCCGUUUGCUGCUCUUAAUUUAUUCGCUUGUACCUUUUCUGUUUGGGAUGUUUGAACUUGUUCAUGAACAAAGCUGUAAGAAGCAGAGAGGAUUUGUUCUUGUUUUCAGUUUAGGAUUUAAACUGAGCUGCUCCUCUGUUUGUGCACUGGAGGACUCUUCGUCACUUUAAUGAAGUUGUUCAGGUUUUUAUGUAUUUCUUCAUAUGAUUUGUUAAGACAUUCCUAGGAUUUAUAAGGUUAAGCAUCAAACUGUCUGUUUCUGGUUCAUGCACCACAAAACAGAUCUUCUCCUGUAAGAGCUGCCUUGUAUUGAAGGUCGAAUGUUAACUCAUGAUUUGCAUGUUUACGCUCUCUCUCUUUAUUUACAGUUGAUUGUCCUGCUUUGGUGGAUUUCAUUUACUUCUGUAAUAAUUAAUAAUCCAUUCAUUGGUGAUUCUUCGUUACUAGGGAGCAAGUUACACUUUUCUUAUUCUGUCAUCUGUGUAAUAAA